UACGAACGCAACCAGGCGGCUGCCUGGCUCAUAUAUGGCAUGAGGAAAUAAACCUAUUUACGUUCAUAAAUUAUCUUAGCUGUUACUCUUAACACAAUAGAAUUUUUUUGCUUUAUUAGCGAAAUCGAUUUUCGUGGUUUCCUAUCAGCUGAUAUUUCACGAAAUAUCUGUGAAUUAUGUACUUUUAUUUUUAAACUAGGAUUAGUUAAUGGUGCUAGCAACAAGUGUAGCGAUACACAACAAAAGUGCAGUUGUUAGCUGAACUGAACUGGACUGGACUGGGACACAGUGUAAAGUAGAUAGAUUUUUUUUGCAAAUUAUGUGGAAUUAUAUGGACAAGAGCAAUACUAUCUGGUUGGUAGACUAAUUGUUUUGAAGAGGAAAUGCUGAUUUUCAGAAGUAUUUGUGUGUUUAUUGUGUAGUUUACUAAAACAUGUAGCAGCAGCAGUAGCAGUAGUAGUAAUAGUAAUAGUAAUAGGGCUCCAGGUACCUUUGUGUCAUUAGGAGACCCUUUAAAUAUCUCCUGUAAGUGAUGUAGUUGUAUAAAGUAUUAGAAUAAAUAUUCCACUAACAUGUUACCCUGCUUACUAAGAGCUCUAUAAAACAACAACAACAACAACAACAACAGCAACAACAAACCCCAAAGCUGACAGUCAGCAAAGAAGUCAGAAAAGAUGCUGUUUUUCCUCCCAUGCUUCUCAGACUAGAUUCAUUUGUGCAUGAUCUAAAAGUGCUUUAUUUAAUUAGCCAGUGAGAGUGGAGGCUUGGUGUUUCCCUUCGAAAAAUGGCAAGCGUGCUCGGAUUAAAAAUAAGCCUCAGUUCACUGAGGAGGAAGCAACCCAAGACCUUCAGCGUCAGGAUCGUGAUGAUGGAUGCAGACCUGGAGUUCAGCUGUGAGGUGAAGUGGAAAGGGAAGGACCUGUUCGAGCUGGUAUGCAGGACAUUAGGACUCCGGGAGACGUGGUUCUUCGGCCUGCAGUACAACGUCAAAGACACGGUGGCGUGGCUGAAAAUGGAUAAGAAGGUUUUAGAUCAGGACGUUCCUAAACAGGAGCCCAUCGUGUUGAACUUCCUGGCGAAGUUUUACCCUGAAAACGCAGAGGAGGAGCUUGUCCAGGACAUCACACAACACCUCUUCUUCCUGCAGGUGAAGCAGAAGAUUCUGGAAGAGGAGGUGUACUGUCCUCCGGAAGCCUCAGUGCUGCUUGCGUCAUACGCCGUCCAAGCAAAGUACGGAGAUUACGACCCCAAUGUCCACAAACCAGGCUUCCUGGCCCAAGAAGAGCUUCUACCAAAGAGGGUGAUUAAUCUCUACCAGAUGACCGCUGAAAUGUGGGAGGAGAGAAUUACACUCUGCUACGCUGAGCACCGAGGCAGGACCAGAGAGGACGCGGAGAUGGAGUAUUUAAAAAUAGCUCAGGAUUUGGAGAUGUACGGGAUCAGUUACUUUUUUAUCCGGAACAAAAAGGGAACGGAUCUCCUGCUCGGCGUGGAUGCUUUGGGACUGCACAUUUAUGAACCGGAGAACAAACUGACGCCGAAAAUCUCUUUCCCUUGGAACGAAAUCCGCAACAUCUCCUACAGUGACAAAGAGUUCGCUAUUAAGCCUCUGGAUAAGAAAGCGGACGUGUUCAAAUUCAACUCCUCCAGACUGCGGGUGAAUAAGCUGAUUCUGCAGCUGUGCAUCGGGAACCACGACCUGUUCAUGAGGAGACGCAGAGUGGAUUCACUGGAGGUGCAGCAGAUGAAGUCCCAGGCCAGAGAGGAGAAAGCUCGCAAACAGAUGGACCGGCAGAGGCUGGAGAGAGAGAAACACCUGCGUGAGGAAGCCGAGCGAGCACGUGAUCAGUUGGAGAGACGACUCCUGCAUCUACAGGACGAAGCUUUUAUGGCCAACGAAGCUCUGCUGCGUUCAGAGGAGACGGCUGAUCUGUUAGCAGAGAAGGCUCAGAUCGCUGAGGAAGAGGCCAAACUGCUGGCUCAGAAGGCAGCCGAGGCAGAGCAGGAGAUCCAGCGGAUUAAAAUGACGGCGAUCCGCAGCGAGGAGGAGAAGAGACUGAUCGAGCAGAAGAUGCUGGAUGCCGAGAUGCUCGCCCUCAAAAUGGCUGAAGAAUCUGAGAGGAGAGCCAAGGAAGCCGAUCAGCUGAAGCAGGACCUGCAGGAAGCCAGAGAGUCUGAGCGCAGAGCCAAACAUAAGCUGCUGGAGAUCACUAGCAAAUCGCCUUACAUGGCUGCGUCGCUCUCUCCGAACGCCCUCCCUCCUGAUCUCAGCUUCAGCACGGAGAACCUGAGCUAUGACUUCAAAGACACCGAUAUGAAACGCCUGUCUAUGGAGAUCGAGAAGGAAAAGGUGGAGUACAUGGAGAAGAGCAAGCACCUCCAGGAGCAGCUGAACGAGCUGAAGACGGAGAUCGAGUCCUUGAAGCUGAAGGAGCGAGAGACUCAUCUGGACAUCCUCCAUAACGAGAACACGGAGAGAGGCACCAGCAAGCAGAGCAACUUCAAAAAGCUGACACUACAGAGCGCCAAGGCAAGAGUGGCCUUCUUUGAGGAGCUAUAGCUGACCAAACUCUCUGUGUGUGUGUGUGUGUGUGUGUGUGUGUGUGUGUGUGUGUGUGUGUGUGUGUGUGUGCGCGCUCAAGUGUUAAUCUUUUGUGUAAGCUUUUUUUUUUCUUUCUUUCUUUUUUUCAAGUUAGUUUUAUGGAAUGUAAUAAUAUUUUUUGCAGAGUUGAAAUCACUUAUUUUGUGUGUGUGUGUGUGUGUGUGUGUGUGUGAGAGUGAGAGAGAGAGAGAGAGAGAGAGUGAGUGACUUAAGUAUUAACCCUUUUUUUGUGUGUAUUAAAGAUUUAUUUUUUUCUUUUGCCAGUUUGUGUUGCAACAAGUGGUGGUGUUUUUUUCCUGUGGAUUUGAAAUCACCACUGUGUGUGUGUGUGUGAGAGAGUGAGAGUGUGUGUGAGUGUGUGUGUGUGUGUGAGAGAGUGUGUGUGUGUGUGUGUGAGAGAGAGAGAGUGAGAGUGUGUGUUUAUUUGUGAGACUUUUUGAAACACAUUCCUGCUUAGGCUCAGUUCUGCUCCACACUUUUGACCACUUGACCUGUGUGUGUGUGUGUGUGUGUGUGUGAACUCUUACAGUAAGUAAACACUAGAGUGUGAUUAUUGCCUCAUACACACUCUUCAGACACACCAUUAAUCGCCAUUCCAAUAUCUGUAACCCGUAAGCAGGAAGAAACCAGAUGCUGCUCUCACACACACACACACGCACACACACACACACACACACACACUGACUAUGAAAUAACUGGAAAAAAGUUGUACUUUCUCUUCAGACUUUUUCCUUUGACGUGUCAUGCUACAUUUUAUCUUUUUUCUUCUUCUUCUUGUGUGGAUUUUUCUAAACCUGUGUGAAAGCUUUGUGUCUCCAUUACUGCUGAGACUCGAGCGUAGCCGCUAUGUCUACUUUUUUCCCAUAGCAAGAGAGAAACAUUUAGUAAAAAGCGUACGCCGCUGCUGAAGCCGCAGUCGAGGCCGUUGAUAAAUGUAUUUCCUGUUGUUUUUUAUUUUUAUAUAUUUUUAUAUAUAUGGUUACACUACACUCUCUGUAAUGGAGGCUCAGAGCUGUGGAGGUUCAGCUCGUUCCAGACACAUUUCUUUGAAGGCUACCUACACUUAGUCUUCAUAACACAUCCGUAACCGUCGCGUAAACCUUUUAGCACGCAAUAAUGUCCACGCUCUGAAAGAUUUUGAAGUUGUACGUCUUUCAUCAGUUUUUUUUAAAAACGUUAUAUAGAUAACUUUCCAGGCGAUCUAUUUGUCUGGACUAACGGCACGCGUACCUGUACGUGUUGUCGGCUACGAAGUAUCACUCUCUUUCUAUUUAUUUAGCUGACGUACAGUGCUAUCUGCCCUCUUCCGCAUACAUUAGCUGACAGAGGCCUACGAUUGGCUAAUGAUUUGCUGUGAUUGGCAGGGAAGACGGAGUAUGCUCCUCCCACCCGGAGCACACGGCCAGUUUAGCCGUCUUGGCCCUCGUCUUGUUCGGGCUGCGGUUGAAUUUCCCCACCUCCUUCCUUCCUUCCUUCCUUCCUUAUUUAUUUAGCCGACAUACAGUACAGGCUUCAUAACAGUCAUAUCAACGUCUAACUGAUUCGUUCGUCUGACACGUGAGGUUCUUAAAGACAGCGCUUCGUAACAUCGAGUACGUUUACAUGGACGGCGAUAAUCCGAUAUUAAGACGCUACUCUGAUUAAGAAACUCGCAUGUAAACAGAGAUUAUUGAGGACGUUAAUCCGAUUAAAGUCAUACUCGAAGUAAACACGAAUGGAAUUAAGACGUGUGGCGUAUUCCUGCGUGUUUUAGUCGCAUUAUCGACGUGCGUUACAGACACGUACACACCCUUAAUCGCACUAUUAACGUCGUGUGGGAGUUUUCACCGCAUUGUGCGACAGGACACGUACACACACGGCAGCGCUCGACCGUUUGACGGCAAACAAGAGAGCACGGCUGCGUCCCAAACCGCGUACUUGCCUACUAUAUAGUAGAAGAAAUACAUGUAUCUCAGCUACUAUAUAGACGGUAAGUACGCGGUUUGGGACGCAGCCCACGACUUAAUUAGCACGUACAGCACGACAGAUAAUUAACCGCACUUCAAGCGUUCGUAAAACGAAAAAUAAAAACACCCAAAACUGUAUACGGUUCCAUAACGAAGACCAACUGUACGUCGAUACGUGAAAUUCCGGAGGGAACGUCGGACGACGUGGCGCGGGGACGUAACGACGUGCGCCGUUAAUCGCUCUAUGUUCUAUAACACGUAAAACAGGAAGAUGAAAGGAGUAUUCUAAAAGCGACUCAUGUAAACACCUUAAUCAGAAUAUCGUCUUAUUCAGAAUAAGCUCGAUAAUUAGAUCACUGCUGUCCGUGUAAACGUAGUCAAUGUUAUAAAUACAGAACCGAUCCCAAUUAGGUUAAUGGCACGAAACGAACUCGUGAAUAAACGUAUGUUGGAAAAAGUAGACAUAGUCCUUAACAGCGUUACAUUCAUCUGCAAAAACCGAUCCCAGCUAGCUAAAGGACAUGAACGGGAUUCACACGGACGACAUACGGGACUCGGAAAUGCAUCCCGUUGUAAAGGAAGUUAUCCAUUGUGCUUCAUAACGGUGUCGCGAACGCAAAGCUGUCUCCCAGUAGGUUAACGGUCCGGCUGGCUUGCGAUCGUAGGCGGACAUAGUGCUUUAUAACAGUGUUCUGAACGCAGGACGUGUUACAGCUAGGGUAGAAAGAAUUCACUCAGAUCAGACAUGGACCUCGGAAAUGACCACGCUAUCGUUAUUGUGCGUUCUAAUAUUUUUAAAAAAUGCAAAUGAAUCACUUAAGAGCGAAUAUGACUGGCGGAUACUUUAUAGAUACUUCAUAACACUUUAUAAAUGUACUUAAGCUGAAGACAAAGUAACGGAUAAGAUGAGCGUUACAGAUAGAGUCGUCUCAAACGGUCGCGUCCUGAGAUUCGACGUAAACCUCAUGCGGAAUUGCUUUCUAGAGGAUUUAUGAAUGUAUUAUGACACUAAAGUUACUGAAUAUUUUAUCUGCAGUGCGCAUAUGUGUGUGUGUGUGUGUGUGUGUGUGUGUGUGUAUCAGGUUGCCGUAUUUACUUUUAAACGCAAUCCGAUCUGGCCUUUAAAAAUCAAAGCCUUCGGGAUUAUGAAGUAGUUUUUUUUUAUUAUUAUUUCUUUCUUUCUCUUUUUUUUUUUUUUUUUUUUUUUUUUUUUUUUAAAAAGUUUACACUUUAUUUGAACUGGAGUGUUUUUGUAUAUAUUUUUGGAUAAUAUUUUUGUUUGUGCUGAGAAAUAAAUGAAUGUAAAUCCUG